AUGUGCUCCAGACAAAGCUCCGGAGGCUGCCAUGGGAUGUCCUCCCAGUCCAGCGGGUGCCACAGCCAGGGCUCCGGUUGCCACAGCUCCUCCAGUUACCAAUCCCAAGGCUCCUCCUGCUGCGGGGGCGGAGGGGGCAAAGUCAUCAUCAGCUCUGGUGGUGGAGGAGGUGGAUCCUGCUGCAGCGGGGGUUCCUCUGGAUAUGGGAUGGGAGGGGGAUACAGUGGUGGAUCUUCAGGAUCAAAGGGCAUCAUUGGAGGGGGAAGCAGUGGAGGAUACUCAGGUUGCGGCAUGGGAGGAGGGUACGGUGGUGGAUCUUCAGGAUCAAAGAGCAUCAUUGUAGGCGGGGGUAGUGGAGGUUCCUCUGGAUGCUGCAGCGGAGGAAGCUAUGGGAUAGGUGGAGGAUAUGGUGGAUCUUCAGGAUCAAAGACCAUCAUUGGAGGGGGAAGCAGUGGAGGUUCCUCUGGAUGCUGCAGUGGAGGAUCCAGCUAUGGAAUGGGUGGAGGAUAUGGAGGAUCUUCAGGAUCAAAGAGCAUCAUUGUAGGUGGGGGUAGUGGAGGUUCCUCUGGAUGCUGCAGUGGAGGAUCCAGCUACGGGAUGGGUGGAGGAUAUGGGUAUGGUGGUGGAUCCUCGGGAUCAAAAACCAUCAUUGUAGGUGGAGGUAGUGGAGGUUCCUCUGGAUACUGUGGUGGAGGAUCUUCAGGUUAUGGCAUGGGUGGAGAAUGUGGCGGUGUGUCUUCAGGAACCAAGAUCAUAAUGGGAGAGGGAAGCAGUGGAGGUUCCUCUGGGUGCUGCGGUGGAGGAUCCAGCUAUGGCAUGGGUGGAGGAUACGGUGGAGGAUCUUCAGGAUCAAAGAGCAUCAUUGUAGGUGGAGGUAGUGGAGGCUCCUCUGGAUACUGUGGUGGGGGAUAUUCAGGCUAUGGCAUGGGAGGAGGGUACGGUGGUGGCUCUUCAGGAUCAAAGACCAUCACUGGAGGUGGAGGUAGUGGAGGUUCCUCUGGAUACUGCAGUGGAGGAUCCAGCUAUGGGAUGGGAGGAGGAUGCGGUGGUGGCUCCUCAGGCCAGACCAUCAUCAUCAGCUCUGGAGGUGGCGGCGGAGGCUCCUCGCAGCAGAAAUGUCCCAUUGUCAUCCCCAGCGUGGUGUCCCACCAGAGCAAGCAGAGCUCCUACUGGCCCUAUGGCCAGCAGAAGUAA